AUGGCAGCGAUAAACUUUAUACAACAAGUAUCGAAGGCCCGUAAUGGGCUAGGGUCGUUUGUUUUGCCCUGUAAGAAGAUUCUGAUUACAUACUGCGAUUUUGGCGGUUCAUCUGUAGGAAUGAGAGAUUUCUUGAGAUCAAGACUGAAAGGAUUUGCUUCACAGUAUCCGGAGAUCGAGUUCCAGGUUCUGGAGAAGCCUGGAUUUCAUCCAGUCAUCAGAGGUUUUUACACAAAUGAGAAGAGCAAACAAAUAUGCUGCAGGAAAUGGAACGCAGAUGUAAUUGAGAACAAGCUGAAGUUGCUCAUAAAUUCGACCGGCUCGAAGUUGAAGAAGCCUAAGCAGAAUGUCAUAUCACUUAAUAGCUCUGUUAGGGGUAUAUGGUCACCAUUCCAUGUUGAUCCAUCCCAGCGUUACAAGAUAUAA